ACGUCAGUCACUCUCUAUUGCUUCCUAUAGGCUGCGCUCGUGAGUGUGCACAUUUGAGAGUUGUCAAUUGCAUUGCAUGUGAAAAUAAUGCUUAUUUAAUACUACGAAUGAACGAUAAAUUAUAAUAUUUUCUGAACUAAUUGUGAACUUAUUUAAUAGAAACCUUUGAAAAAUAAAUAAAUAUGGACCGACUUUUGAGAUUAGGAGGUAUGCCAGGUAUGAACCAAGGACCUCCAACUUCAGAUGCCCCCGUUGUUGAUACUGCAGAGCAGGUGUACAUAUCAUCGUUAGCGCUUUUAAAAAUGCUUAAACACGGACGUGCUGGUGUACCUAUGGAAGUAAUGGGUUUGAUGCUUGGAGAAUUUGUCGACGAUUAUACCGUUCGUGUUAUCGAUGUGUUUGCAAUGCCUCAAACGGGAACUGGAGUCAGCGUGGAAGCAGUUGAUCCAGUAUUUCAAGCAAAAAUGUUAGACAUGCUUAAACAAACUGGACGACCGGAAAUGGUUGUCGGGUGGUACCAUUCCCAUCCAGGAUUUGGUUGCUGGCUGUCUGGCGUCGAUAUUAACACGCAACAAUCAUUCGAGGCUCUUAGCGAAAGAGCAGUUGCUGUCGUUAUCGAUCCGAUACAGUCUGUGAAAGGAAAAGUUGUUAUCGAUGCAUUUAGAUUAAUUAAUCCAAACAUGAUGGUUUUGGGCCAAGAACCCCGCCAAACUACAUCGAAUUUAGGUCAUCUACAAAAACCAUCUGUUCAAGCCUUGAUUCAUGGCUUAAAUCGUCAUUAUUACAGCAUUAGCAUAAACUAUCGCAAAAAUGAAUUAGAACAGAAAAUGCUAUUAAAUUUACAUAAAAAGACAUGGAUGGAUGGUCUUACCCUUGCUGAAUAUUCGGAACACAGUAGGCUGAAUGAAAAUAUUGUAUCAGAGAUGCUUGAACUUGCGAAAAAUUAUAACAAGGCAUUGGAAGACGAAGAGAAAAUGACACCCGAACAAUUAGCUAUAAAAAAUGUGGGCAAACAAGAUCCAAAACGGCAUUUAGAAGAAAAAGUGGACACACUUAUGGCUACAAAUAUUGUUCAAUGUCUGGGAGCUAUGCUCGAUACAGUUGUAUUUAAAUAACUAUUUCUUUAAACACAAUUUGCACUAUGUUAUUAAAAAU